AUGGCCGGAAUGAUUGUGUUGUUGUGGUGGCCGGAAUGGGUGGACUGGCGGUGGGUUUUGAGAGAGAGAGAGGCAAUUAUCGAUGAUAAGAAAGUUGUGGCAGUAAAGAAGCUUAAAGUUGGAUAUGCAGGAGCAAAAGUAGGAUUCGAAAAUGAAAUCUUACUUAUAAGUCACAUACGUCAUCGGAAUCUCCUUGGUCUCCUUGGAUGGUCAAGUGAAGGAUCAAAUUUACUUCUUGUACUAGAAUAUAUGCCGAAUGGAAGCCUUGAUAGAUUCCUUUGGGGUGAAAGAAGAGGCUUCUUAAACUGGAAAAGACGAUAUGAUAUUAUCUUAGGAAUAGCUAGGGGUCUCGCUCAUCUACAUAAGGAAUUCCAUGUGAGAAUUGUUCAUAGAGAUAUAAAAUCAAGCAAUAUUCUCCUUGAUGAGAAUUUUAAACCUAAAAUAGCUGAUUUUGGACUAGCAAAGUUUCAACCCGAGGAUCAAAGUCAUGUUAUCACCAAAUUUGCGGGGACAUUGUAA